ACUGUAAAUAGAGUAACAAUAUCAACUCAACAGCGAAUUACACCAUUCCUACCACGAAAGAUGACAACAGCAAACCGCAAAAAUAUUGAUGAAAAAUUAUUAUGCCUGUUUAUAAAAGAUUUGCAACCUUUUCAAAUAGUUGAUGAUAUUGGAUUCAAAGAAUUUGUACAUGCUUUAAAUCCAAGUUACGAAUUUCCAAAUCGCAAAUUUAUUUCACACUCUUUAAUCCCGGCUCGCUUUGAGGAAGCCAAACGUACCUGCAAAGAAAAAUUAGACAAUUAAACAGUACUAAAGUUUCUAUUACAACAGAUACGUGGACAUCAUUAAAUACUGAAAGUUUUAUAGCUGUGACUGCACAUUUUAUUAAUAAUUUCAAAUUAGAAUCAAUUCUUUUAACUUGGGUGCAAAUGACAGAUUCCCAUACAGGUCAAAAUAUUUCAGAUGUAUUAAAAAUAAUAUGCAACGAAUGGGAAAUUUUUAAUAAAGUUGACUUUGCUACAACUGAUAAUACUUCAAAUAUGAAAACCGCUAUUUUAAAAUAUUGUAGAUGGAAAUAUAUUCUAUGUUUUGCACACAGUUUAAAUUUAAUCGUAAAAUCUAGUUUAAAUAAUGAUGCAAUUAAUUUACUCCUUGAAAAUGUUAGAAAAAUUGUUAAUUAUUUUAAAAAAAGCACCACAGCUGCAGAAAAAUUGAAAACAUGCCAAUUAAAUUCAGACAGAAAUGUACAGAAGUUGAUACACGACGUACCAAGUAGAUGGAACUCUACUUACAAUAUGAUAGAUAGAUUUAUAGUAUUAGAAGAACCGAUUAAAGCAACAGCAGCAAUAAUUAAUAAGAACAUACCACAAAAUACAAAUGCAGAGUGGGAAAUAUUACAUGAAUUGACAGUCAUACUUAAACCGAUAGAAUCAGCAACAAAAAUUAUAAGUGGACAACAAUAUCCAACCGUAUCUAUUAUAAUACCACUGACAUCAGGAUUAAGAAACAUCUGCCAAAAACUAGAACAAAAAGAUUUUUCAAUAUGUACGCAACAGAUAAUACACCAUAUUGAAAUAGGAAUACUAGAACGGUUUACAGAAAUAGGAACAAACAUAAUAAUACAAAUUUGCACAUUUUUAGACCCACAUUUUAAAAAUGCUUUUUUUUCUCAAGAAAAACUUGAUAUAACAAAAACAGAGAUAAUAAAUAUAUUAAUUGACAAUAGAAACAUAAAUACAACUGAAAAUAUAAUAAACAUAGAAAUAGAUAUACAACCAGAUACAGAUAUAGAUACAGAUGAAUUAUCAAUAUGGGCUGCUUUAAAAGAUAAAGUAAAAGAAAAUACUCCGAAAGUCAUGGCACCAUAAAACAAAAUAGCAACAGAAAUACAGCAAUAUUUAAGGGAGGAGUUUUACGACAGAACUCGGGACCCAUUAAUUUGGUGGAAAGACCAUCAAUUCAAUUUCCGUUAUUGACUAAAAUAGUAAAUAAUUUAUUUUGCAUGGUGGCUACUUCAGUGCGAUGCGAAAGAUUAUUUUCUAAAGCUGGGUUAAUUUUAACAGAAAAAAGAAACAGAUUACAGGCAGAAGA